AUGGCACCAUUAUCUGAUGAUGAUGAUAAUAACAAUAAUUAUUAUGGAUUAAAUAAUCGAUUACAAUCGCUUAAUUCUGAACAAUUAGCUGAAUUGAGUGAAUAUUUUGCACUUCAAGCUAAAGAAGAUCCAACAUCUGACAAUGUAGAUCGUAAUUCAGAUGAAAGAUCUAUGACUAAACGUGAUGCUUUAUGGACAACAACAGAAGUUCUCGAUUGUAUUCGACGUGUAAAAUUAUACAAGAACAGUUCAAAACUUGAUCUUGUCACAGAAAUGCUCAAUUGUUAUCGACGUUUGAAACAUGCUGGUUAA